AUGAUGCGGCGGGCAAGGGGGCCCAACAGCCAAAAGCGGGGCGGACGCGGAGGCGGAAGGGGUGGCGGAAGGGGCGGAGGGAGAGGCGGAAGGGGCGGAGGGGGAGGCGGAAGGGGCGGCGGGGGAGGCGGAGGGGGAGGCGGGGGAGGCGGAGGGGAGCAGAAAUGGUGGGAUCCGGCGUGGCGCGCGGAGCGAUUAGCGGCGAUGGCGAAGGAGAGAGGCCCGGCAAAGAAAGUGGACGGCGCAGCAUGGGCGGCACGGUUUCGGAAGCUAGCAGCAGGGGGUGGUGCAGCGGUAAACGGUGCGGUGGAAAACGGUGCAAUGGGGAACGGUGCGGUGGGGAGCGGUGCAGUAGGGUAUGGAGCAGUUGGGGCAACAGCAGGCGUGCAGCAGGGGGGGGGGUUUUCCAGAGGAGAUAGUGAUUAG